AUGGUAGGUGUGGAUACCGUUCUCAAGCCGGCGCUUGAAGCCGAAGCCUGUCCGGUGUGUGGCGAUCGAGUCUCUGGAUAUCACUACGGAUUGCUGACUUGCGAAAGUUGCAAGCACUAUCAAUGCUCUGCGGAUUCAUCCUGUCACGUCGACAAGACUUGUCGAAAACGCUGCCCGAGCUGUCGCUUUGCAAAAUGCAUGGCGGAAGGAAUGAAAGUUGAAGCUGUUCGUGAAGACCGAAUGCGUGGCGGAAGAAACAAGUUCGGCUCGUAUUACAAAAGAGAUCGAGCAGCUCGCAUGCAACGCAUCGCCCUACAAGGUAGCAAUCCACAGGCUAAUCCGGGCGCCUUCUACACACCGCAACCACCAAUGGACCACCAAGUGACAAGCAGUACGCCCGAUCAGCCUCCUCACAUCCAUUAUUUUGAGGGAGAUCAGCACAAAGUGAAGACUGAAUACGAUGCAAUGUUACAGAGUCCCACUCUGUCAAGUAGCACUCCAUCUCAGCAGAACUUUAUAAUCCAUCGACCAAAUCCUUAUGUACCCGAUAGCGAAGGGUUAGCGGCUCUGCUGGGACAGUCAAUAGACGACCCACUCCUGAGAUCUCAGACAUUUCCCAUCUACCCCACCAUCAAGCCGGAACCUUUCGACUAUGCAGACCACUAUCUGCCUGCCCAGAUACCUGACUACUCAGCAUUUCAUACACCAAUCAGUUAUUCAACAAUGAUUUCUCAUGCUGCAAAUUCAGUACCUCGAAGCGCCUCCAACUCAGGUUCAAGCAGAUCUUCUCCCGUUCUCCCUGUCUGUCCGAUCCCAACGGAGAAGACAGUGGAUGCAUUUUAUGUAAACAAUAAUGAAAUGGAGUGGUUGUUAAGAGCUCUGCCUGAAAGUCCACGAAUUCUAUCGAUUCUUCGAAACGUGGACAAAUCUGAUCCAUUCACUUAUUCUAUGGCUGUGGUGGAGGCAAAUCUGAACGAUCUUGUAACUUGGGCGAAAAACGCUCCCUAUUUUCCUCAGCUUGAGAUGGAGGAUCAGAUGAUGAUCCUGCAAUCAUCUUGGGCUUCCAUACACGUGAUAGACGUCAGUUAUGCAGUCCUCAAAGGCGAGAUCUCCCAUAUCGUGAAGCUUUCCAAUGGAGUCGAUAUUCCAACUGGACUGAUCGCGCUCAUGGGUUACCAUAUCCAUAUUCACAAGUGGACAGAACUUAUUGGUAGACUGCAUGCCCUCGGCUUUGACCGAUGUGAUUACGCUGCUUUCAAGUUCCUCGCAUUUUAUCAAAAAAUCGAGGAUCAGACUGAAGUGCAGUUGAAGAAUCCACACCACAUUCUGAAAGCUCGCGAGUCUCUUCUGGCGUCUUGGGGCGCAUAUAGAGGCACGUCGAAUGCCACCUUGCUGCCUCACUACGAGGUUUUCGUGCAAAUGAAAACGCUGGCACAGGCGUCACAGCACUUCCUCGUCGAACGCAGCAUCGCCGGAGCGGUACGACUCCCUUUACUGUCCGAGAUGCUGAAUCCUCUGGUGAACCGAUCACUCCCAAACUAUGUACGAUAG